UUCAGUGCAUUUGUUUUUUUUUUGUUUUUGUCUACGAGAAUUGUGUGAUUUUUCCUAUUAGUUUAUUUACAUUUUUCUAAGAUUGUAAAAUGUUGUAAUUGUCGUCGUUGUCGUCGCUAAUGAGUCUAUACGUACACUCAAUUGUUAAUGUUAUUUUACGCUGCCAAGACAUAAGCCUCAUAAAUCGGCCAGCUCCAGCUGAUCAGUCCCAUUUAAUAUUGAGCAUUCUCACACCUGCUACGAAAUAAAAGGAAUUAUUUACAAAACUCGCAAUUGUAAAACAAUUAAACAUUGUCAGACUGAUUAUAUAAUACAAAUUUCAAAGAUAAUGGCAAUGCCAAGAAAUUUACUCGGAAGGAUCUACGCCAUUAAGGCACACGAUGGCGGGGUAACCAGUCUGGAUCUGGGUGAAACUGGCCGUGUAUUGGUCACUGGCGGCGAAGAUCGAAAUGUUAACCUUUGGGCCAUUGGCCAGGAUGAUUGUUUUAUGUCUUUAACCGGUCACAAUCGAUCGAUUGAGUGCGUUCGUUUUGCCUAUAAGGAUAAUUUUGUCUAUUCCGCUGACGAUAUUGGCAUCAUAAGAAGAUGGGACCUGAAUGCACAGAAAAUCUAUUCAACCCUAAAUGGUCACAUGAAAAGUGUUCGUACAUUAGACUUUAAUCCGUCUGGUGAAUAUGUCGUCUCUGGCAGCAAUGAUACCACAGUUCGCCUUUGGGAUGUACAGGACAAAAACAAAUGCAUUAAAGUUUAUCGUGGCCACAUGUACCAUGUAAAUUCGGUGAAAUUCUCUCCGGAUGGCCUCUGGAUUGCCUCUGCUGGUGUAGAGGGUUCCAUACUCAUUUGGGAUAUACGAAAGAGCCAACAGAUAAUGGAAUUUUUAGCCGAGCCACCGAAAACUCCAAUCACCUGCAUACAGUUUCAUCCGUUUGAAUUUCUAUUGGCUGCCGGUCGGGCCGAUGGAACAGUUUCUAUAUAUGAUCUAGAGCAUCAGCAGCUUGUUUCACAAACAAGUCAUUUCUAUGGCCAGGCCAUUAAGUGUAUAACAUUUAGCGAGAAUGGUGAAUGUCUUUUUGUGGGCGGUGUGGCCGGUAUAUCGGUUAUUGGCUGGGAGCCAAAUCGGGAAUUGGAUCACAUUAAGAGCAAUUGGACAUGUUUGGGUGACAUGAAGGUUCUUAAGAAUAAGCUGAUCUGUGGUUGCUAUGAGGUUGAUACUGUGUCCGUUAAUACGGUCAGUCUGGAUCGUGUUAUACCAUUCUAUCAGCCAGCCAAUGCCCAGCCAAAUUUCAAGCAUAACUCAACGAAUCGUAAAAGUUUUUCGCGUGGCAAUCAAACGUUUCGAAUAUCGUUGGGAAGUGGCUCCAAACCAGCUCACGUUCAGGAAGAGCAUGAGGACAAUAGAAGUCCAAAUUUGAGUUUGGAGGUUGUCAAUGAGGCAGAAUUGGAGUCGAUAGAAACACCAGCAUCAUCCUUGCCACCAUAUGCAAACCAGCCAACCACAACAGAGCCCAUUUAUCCCGAUCCAAAUCUGAGGCACACAAAAUUCACCAGAGUUCCAGUUACCGACAAUAUUGCCUAUAAUAUUGAGGGAAACUACGGCUAUGGAUUGGAUGUAGCCACGACGGCCAACACCACCACCCGAUUAAUGCAUGUGAAUGGUCCGAGUUCGUUGCAUGUCCCAGACGAUUAUAAUGUAUACACCUCCAUUGAGAAGGAUGACGAUAGAUUGGAUGUACACGAUGUCGAGUACAAUCCAAACGAUAGUAAUCCCCUAAUACUAACCAAUUAUGAUAAUUUUGAUAUGACUGAAGAUUUUCCAGUCAAUCAGAAUUUGAAUUAUUUUGAAAGCAAUUACAAGGCAACACCAGCUGCCCCCACAAUCAAUGCGACGUCCAAGCUAAUUAAGAAACCGGCAUCGACCACUGUUCACAAACGGAGCACAGGUGGCAUCGGUGGCAGCAGUAGUACGAAACAGGCCACAUCGGCAUCCAUAUUCGGUAGUAACAAACUCAGCCAAGUGUCUUCGGUUAGCUCAAUGGAAUUGCACAAUCUGAAGGACAAUAUGGUAUUGAAAAAGUCCUCAUCAUCGAAUGUGGUCAAUAAGAACAAGCGUACAAUGGGCUCAACGAGCCAAUUUUAUAAAGAGAAUACAAUGCAAAAGAAUAUCAAUGUUGAGAUCAUUACAAAACCUCCAAUUAGAUCGCGGACCACCCUUGAUAUGCGUCCGACGCCACAAAAUAAAAAUCAGGAAAAGCAUUCACAGCCAAUGAGCUAUCGCCAGGAUUUGAAUGAUCAUUAUGAAUUCGAUGUCCUGUCGCGACCACAUGAAGCUGUCCUACAGGAAUUGAGCAAUAGGCAAACCAGCCUCGAGUUAUUAAGAAGUCUAACACGCUCACACGAUGUACUCGGAGCAUUAAGGCAGGCCAAAAAUAAUGGGCGAUCAAUUUUUAUUGAUCUGCUCGGUGCAAUAAUAGAGAAACCUUCGUCAUGGAAUUUGGACUUUUGUACAUUUGUUCUACCCGAAAUUUAUGAGCUAUUGCAAAGUCAGCAUAAAUUCCAUUUCACAAGAGCCUGCGAUACAUUACGCAUUAUAUUAUCAAAUUUCUUGCCCACCAUACAAGAGAAUCUGGAUUCGUGGGCAGCAAAUGGUUUGGGGGUCGAUGUCACGCGCGAGGAUCGUCAACGAAAAUGCGCCGAAUGCCAGCGUUGGUUACUUCAAAUCAAGAAUUUACCCGAAAGCAUUCAUCUUGGUUCAACGCUGACCCAAUUGCAAAAUAUAAUUGUAUUCUAAAAUGUUUUUUAUUUAUUUGCGCAAAACAAGCAGCGGUUUCUUUCAAAAGCAAAAAGAAAGCACCCACGGAUUGUGAAGGCAUCAUGAAAAAAAAAAUACCCAAACACAUUAGUCAUUUAAUGAUUUAUUCUAUUAAUUUGUUAUUGCAACUAAUUUAUAAUUUAUAUCUUACAUAUUAUGAUUUACAUCAUUUUAAGGCUAAAACCAUUUAAAAAUAUAUUUAAAGAAAAACAAAAGACAA